UAUGCAUGGACAUCGUCGUCAGUCGCUAAGAAUCGCUAAGUAUUCCAUCCGAAGCACGGUUGAAGCUAAUUGAUGAUUAUUGAAUUAUGUGUAUUCCAACUUCUUUCAAAUACCUGCCCCAGCGCAUCGGAUUUGUUUCUCGAUAAAAGCCCCUGCUGGAUGGUCCUAACCUUUCAGUUUAGAAAUAUGAAGUUUCGUGCAUUGUCGAGUUCAUCAGCCGUGGUCAGCUGGAAUGUCGCCACGCUGCUGGUUCUAGUUCUAUCGUGGACAACGCACGUUGCCUCCGGACAAGAUCUAAGCAAUCCCGAUAUGCAGUCCAUGCUGGUUGAAUAUGACUCGGAACACAUGGUGGAGAGCUACCGCUUCAAAUACUCCACGGCCGACGGGCAGUUUCGCGAGGAAACCGGUAUGCUGAUGAAUCCUGGCACUCCGGACGAGGAACUGGUGGUGAUGGGUAUGUACGGCUACGAAACGGACGAUGGCACCGAAGUUAUGGUGAUGUACGUAAGCGGCAAAAGUGGAUACCGUGCCAAGACGAAAACGCGCAAACUGGCAGAGUCAGAACGAAAGAAAAAGUUAUUUGCAUCGCUGAUUGGAUAAGUUCUCUUCGGAAUGGACCAACGGAAAGUGAAUGGUAUUUGCAGAAUAGUUUUAUCCUGAUAUGUGUCAAAUAAAUUCGAUUAUGAUAUGUGAAAUGGCUUGGCACUGAUAUAAUAUGGAACUGAUGUUGAAAAUAACAAUAUAUAAACAGGAAUGAAAUUAUGAACUUAAAUUAACGAUUAUUUAUAUUA